CAUUGAUAAGAAUUAUACCCAAGAAGGAGAGCCGCAAGUAUAGUUGGGCCAUCAACUGCAGUGGUACUGAAAGAUGAAGUCUGUUCUUGUCUGCUUGCUGUUGGCUUCUUGCGUCGCUCUCCUCAGAGCCGCCCCAACAGCCCCUAAUUUUCUGGGAGAGUGUGGCGACAAAUUGAAGGAAUGUCUGGUGAGCACUGAUGAGGAGGGAAGGGCAAAGUGCGUUAUCGAUUUCCAGAAAUGCGUCUUUUCCCAUGAUCCUUCGCACAAGCCAUUCAUGAAAAAGUGCAAGAUUAUUUCACAAGUAUGCGUGGAGAAGGCUGGCAAGGAUAUGAAGAAGAGAAUCGCUUGUAAAGUAGCAUUCCUAAAGUGUGUCAAGGAACACAGGCCCGCCAUCGAUAACUAAUACGUCAUGGAUUCAAUAAACGAUUUUAUUGAGCUCACCUAACGCCCUGAAUAAAACAUAUCAAGAUA